AUGGGAGCCAAUCAAUCACAUCAUAGUAGUGAUAAGCAAUUCACAAGAUCACAAUCCCAAAACUUCCUUGGUGAUAGACCUAGAAAAAUAGUUAGAUCACUUUCAAAAACAGUUUUGGGUAGAUCAAAAUCAACAAUGGAUAAUUUAAAUAAUCCAGCUGAUGGACAGCCUGCUGCACCACCCAUUGUUGACAAACCAACUACUGUAAAUAAUAAUAAUAAUAAUAAUAAUGAUAAAAUUGAAAGUUUGGAUGAACAAAACAACAAUAAUAAUAAUAGUACAUCCAUAUCGGUGGUCAAGUCACCUCCAUCUCACCCAGUUGGUGAUUCACCAAAACAAGAAUCAUUGGGUCCAGAUACACUAUUUAUUGAAGAGCAUAAUGACUUUCAUUCCAUUGAAUCAUUGCCAACUGAACAACCAACUCAACCACCACCACAACCACUUGAAACUCCAAAGCAACAACAAGAAGAAGAGCCAUCAGUGAAAAAAUCCGAAGAAAGACCAAAAAGAGUCAAGAGAAAUGAAACAUUUAGAAAAUUGUACAACACCUUUUCAACAAAGAAAUCAAAGGCAAAAUGGGAUGAGUCUACUACUACUACUACUACUGCUCCAUCAGCUGCAGACCCUACCAUUCAAGAACCAUCAGUCCAACAAGAAGAAGAAGAAGAACCAUCUGUGAUGGUGAUACCAUCAGUCGCCGAACCAAUACCAUCACCCGAUCACAUCCAAGAUGAACAACCAAAAGAAGAAAACGAAAUGGACAAGAUUGCCAAAAACAAAAGACCAACUAGAAAGAACAAAGCCAAACAUUCCACUUUACAAGCUAAAAUGAGUACUCUGAAAAUGAAGCUAUUCAAUCAAAAAUUGGACAAAGAGUAUGAAGAAGCUAAACGUCAAAAGGAAAUUGAAAAGGUAGCCAAAGAAGCAUCAAUUGAACAAUUUGAUGAUGAAGAUGAUGACGAUGACUCACAAGAUGAAGAUGAAGAUGAAGAGGAAAUGGAGAAUCGUAGAUACGAUGAUGAAAUCAUAUUGGAAGAUACAUUCUACAAUGAAAAGCCAAUUCAAGGAUUUGGACGUCCACCCUCUCAUUCUACGGCAUGUCUUGAAGAUGCAGAGACAGCCAAUUUUGUCAAUGGAACAACACAAGGUGCCGAUGGCGGUUCAAACCACUCUAACCAUUCACCACAAAAAGGAAAACGAUCCAAUCGUAAUGGAAAGAAUCAAAAGAAAAAAAAGAUCUUUUCAGCAGAUCAGUUUUAUAAUAUAGGUACAAUGAUAUCAAAAGAAGUAGGUCAUGUAUUUUUAUUAUCUUCUGGUCAAUACAGAUAUUAUAAGGGUGGUGGUGGUGGUAGUGUUGGUGGUAGUAUUGGUGGAGGUCGGUCGGUCGGUCGUCUACUUGAAAACCCCAACAAACCUUCCUUGUUUUCUUGA